CUCAACCAUGCCCUUAAAGGUCAUCAUCUUCUAUUCGACCUCAGCUUGUCUGUCUCUCUAGUUAGCUAGCUAGCGCGAGCUUCAAGCCUCCACCUCCAGCCAUGGCAACCGGGCAAAUAAGCUCGACCCCACCAUCGUUCUUCAAUUUCCUCAAAGAAGGCCUGCUCCUCCCGAGCCACAACCGGAGGCUCUUCGCGGCUGUCUUCACAGUUAUCGCCGCCUCCACCUGUCUACUCCUCGUCGGCAACGACCUCGUCGUCCAGCCCCUCGCAGUCGAGCUUAAUCUCGACACAAAGGCGCUCAACAGCACCGAUUUCCGUAGCCCGGACUUACUUCCACUCAUCCGGAAGACCCAAGCUGACACCAGGGCUCUCUUGCUCACCAGCACAGCCUAUUUUCUGUUUGGCGCCGUCAUCAGAUCAGCCAUCCAGAUCGUCGUCUUCUUUGCCGCCGUCUCGACAUAUUCCGGUGAGCUGCACACCUUCGGGUCGCUCCUCGGCAGAGUCAAGGCGCAGGUGAAAGGCCCCGUGCUUACGUUCGCCUUCGUCUGCGCACUGGAGAUCACCUACGUCGCGCUCCUUGUCGCCAUGUCUACUCUGGUCAUGGUCCUCAUGAUCAAGAAAUACUACGGUUUGUUCUUCGUGGGGUCGCUGCUCCUCCUGCCUCUCUUCGUCUUCCUCGUGUACUUCUCCUUCCUCUGCUCCAUGAGUGUCGUCGUGGCAGUGGCCGAGCCCGGCUGCUACGGCGCUGGUGCUCUUGGGAGGGCGUGGCGGCUGCUGAAGGGGAAGCGCAGACGGGUCAUGCUUUUCAUUUCUGUCACUGGCGUGCUCGCCGCAGCCUUGACCCCUAUGUACACUCUGGCCAAGAGACGCGAGCUUACUAACAUGGCAGCAGGGUUGCUCCUGGAGUUUCUGUACGUCAUCUUGAUGUCCGCCUUGCAGCUGUUUGCGACCUGCACCAUGGCCGCGUUCUACUACGAGUGCAAGGGGAGCACCGAGGCAUCGGCGGCGGAGUACGUCAAGGUUUCUACCAAGGAGCAAAUUGCUGCUUGAUUAUUAAUGCAUACGAUCUGUUAAUAUCGGUCGAUGUUACCCUGUUUUCUCCAAUUCAUUUCAGUUUUCGUGGAUGUGAAUAUGUGAUUUGAUAAAAGGAAUAAGUGCAGUUUGCUUAA